AUGGAUAUGCUCGUCGAAGCGACUCAUCCUGACGUCGCCACGCUGAAUCCGGAGAGCCAGCGGCACAUGCGGUUUACGGAUACGCGCGUGGACGAGCAGCAGCGGAUGAUUAGCAUUAAGGCGGUUCCGAUGUCGCUUGUGCUGGAGGAUUCGACGGGGAAAUCGUAUCUGUGCAAUGUGGUGGACACGCCCGGGCAUGUGAACUUCUCGGAUGAAAUGACGGCCGGGAUGCGCCUGGCGGACGGCGUAGUGCUGGUCGUUGACGCCGUGGAGGGAGUCAUGGUGAACACGGAGCGAGCACUGAAGCAUGCGUUGCAGCAGGGUUUGGCCAUCACCCUCUGCAUCAACAAGGUGGACCGGUUGAUAACUGAGCUCAAGCUCCCACCCCCAGACGCCUACCACAAGCUGCGCCACACUCUCGAGGAGGUCAACGCCCUCAUCGCAUCCUAUGCUCCCGCCGCCAUGGCCGCCCGAACCUCCAGCUCAGGCUCGGCAGUCGUCUCGGCAGCCAUGCCUUCCGAAGCUCCCCAGCUGGACCCGGUCCUCGGGAACGUCUGCUUCGCCUCUGCUGCUGCUGGCUGGUCUUUCACCCUCCUUUCCUUUUCCAAACUUUACACCCAAACUCACGGGGUAAAUUUCGAUCCUGAACAGCUCGCGAAGCGGCUGUGGGGUGACCUGUACUACCACCCCGACACCAGAUCCUUCCGAAGGAAGCCGCCCGCGGGUGGCGGCGAGCGGACGUUUGUGACGUUUGUCCUGGAGCCGCUGUAUAAGCUGUACUCUCAGGUGGUUGGGGAGCAUAAGAAGAGCGUAGAGGCUACUCUAGGCGAGCUAGGGGUGUCUCUCCGUCCCUCUACUUACAAAAUGAACGUGAAACCGCUGCUCAAGGCGGCUAUAGGGGCGGUUUUAGGGGGCGGCGCGGGGGGUUUGGCUGAUAUGAUCAUCCGGCAUUUGCCGUCCGCUAAGGCUGCUGCGCCGGUGAAGGUCCAGACGACGUACACUGGCCCGCUGGUGGGCAAACGGGCGGCUGCGAUGCUGUCCUGCAGCGCGAAGCGACGAGGGCCGUUGAUGGUGCAUGUGACGAAGCUGUACCCUAAGCCAGACUGCUCAGCAUUCGAUGCUCUGGGGAGAGUGAUGUGUGGGACUCUUAGGACUGGGCAGACGGUUAGGGUUUUGGGAGAGGCUUAUUCGCCUGAUGAUGAGGAGGAUAUGGCUGUGAAGGUGGUUACAAAGCUGUGGUUAUACCAGGCUAGGUACAGGGUGCCGAUUUCGUCUGCUCCGGCUGGCUCCUGGGUGCUUAUAGAGGGAGUGGACGCGUCUAUAACGAAGACAGCGACCCUCUGUGAGGAGUUUGGUCAGCAGGGGGGUUACGGAGGCGCGGAGGAUGAGGAUGAGGAGGAGGCGGGGGGGAAGAAGGCCGGAGCGGGAGCAGGGGGGCGGUGGGGAGCAGGAGGAGGUGAGGAGGAUGAAGAAGAGGAGGAUGAUGAGGACGUGUUUAUCAUCGCGCCGCUGAAAUUCAACACGGUGUCGGUUGUUAAGGUAGCCACAGAGCCGCUGAACCCAUCGGAGCUGCCCAAAAUGGUGGAGGGGCUGAGGAAGAUCAGCAAGAGCUACCCGCUGGCCGUUACACGGGUGGAGGAGUCGGGCGAACACACGGUGCUGGGCACUGGGGAGCUGUUCUUGGAUUCGGUGAUGAAGGACUUGAGAGACUUGUUCUCCGAAGUGGAAGUCAAGGUGGCGGACCCAGUGGUGUCCUUCUGUGAAACCGUUGUCGAAACUUCUUCUCUUAAGUGCUUUGCUGAGACGCCCAACAAGAAGAACAAGAUCACCAUGAUCGCAGAGCCCAUGGAGAAAGGCCUGGCAGAGGAUCUUGAGAGCGGGGCAGUGUCCCUGGACUGGCCCAAGAAGCGCAUGGCGGAGUUCUUUCAGACCAAGUACGACUGGGACCUGCUGGCCGCCCGCUCCAUCUGGGCCUUUGGCCCCGACCGACAGGGGCCCAACAUUCUGGUGAACGAUACUCUUCCCAGUGAAGUGGAUAAGAACCUAUUGGCUGCCGUCAAGGAGUCCGUCAUCCAAGGCUUCCAGUGGGGAGCGAGGGAGGGCCCUCUGUGUGAUGAGCCCAUGAGGAAUGUGCGAUUCAGGCUGUUAGACGCUCUCGUGGCACCGGACCCGCUGCAGCGGGGGGGCGGUCAGGUCAUCCCCACGUCUCGCCGUGUUGCAUAUUCUGCGUUUCUCAUGGCCUCACCUCGCCUCAUGGAACCCGUUUACUUUGUGGAGAUCCAGACCCCUGCGGACUGCAUGUCUGCCAUCUACACGGUGCUGUCGCGCCGUCGAGGUCACGUGACGGGCGAUGCUGCCAAGGCCGGCACUCCCGCCUACAUUGUCAAGGCCAUUCUCCCAGUGAUCGAGUCCUUUGGCUUUGAGACGGAUCUGCGCUAUCACACACAGGGGCAGGCCUUCUGUGUGUCGGUGUUUGACCACUGGGCCGUGGUGCCGGGGGACCCUCUCAACAAGAGCACACUGUUUCAAUUGAGCCGACUUAUAUUCAAUUUUCCCCUUCACCUGCCCUCCCUUCUUCCUGUGCUUUGUCUCCCCCAGGCCAUUCUCCCAGUGAUAGAGUCCUUUGGCUUUGAGACAGACCUACGCUAUCACACGCAGGGGCAGGCCUUCUGUGUGUCGGUGUUUGACCACUGGGCUGUGGUGCCGGGGGACCCUCUUGACAAGAGCGUCGUGCUGCACCCGCUAGAGCCGGCUCCUGCUCAGCACCUCGCGAGAGAGUUCAUGGUCAAAACUAGGCGGAGAAAGGGCAUGAGCGAGGAUGUGAGCAUCAACAAGUUCUUUGACGAUCCUAUGCUUCUGGAGCUGGCUCGGCAAGACGCCGAGUUGCAACAAAUCCUUUGA